AUGAAUCUGCUGCUCUCAGACGACUACCUACUCCAAGACUACCCCGAAAACAUCACAAAUACGAUCCGAUCCGGCCAUGCCACAUGCCUGCGCUUCAACCGCAAAGGUGACUACCUCGCCUCAGGCCGUGUUGACGGCACCGUCGUCAUAUGGGAUCUCGACACUAUGGGUGGCUGGAAAGCGGUUCUGUGGGACCUCAAGGAUGGGAAGCCCUUCCGUCAGGUCCGUUUCAAGGCGCCUGUGUACAUCGCAGAGCUCCAUCCCUGGAACCACCUCCAGUUUGUCGUGUCCCUUUACGAAGAACAGCCCCUCCUCGUCGAUAUGACCGAGUCAGUCGCACAGAAGCACGUACUAUCAACAGCUCCGAGGCGUGUCAAGGUCGAAGGAGACGCAGAGAAGAGGGCGCGCCAAAAGAAGGACGACGCAAGGCACAUGACGACUGUCACAAUCUACACCAAGUCAGGCGACCACAUCUUGGCCGGUACAAACAAGGGCAAUCUGAACAUCAUCGACGCGCAGACACACGAGAUAAUAUACACACAACCCAAGGUGUGCAGCGGGGUGGUCACAACGCUUAAGCUUACGCGAUCAGGGCGAGAGCUGCUUGUCAACGGCCAAGACAAGGUUAUCAAGACAUUCCACCUACCCGACCUCUCGGCAGAGGACCUUGACUCCGAUACGAUACAGCUGCCUAUCGAGCACAAGUUCGAAGACGUGGUGAACCGCUGCUCGUGGAACCACGUCACGUUCAGCUGCACAGGCGAGUACGUGGUAGCUUCCACUUACAACAAUCACGAGCUUUACAUUUGGGAGCGCGGACACGGCAGUUUGGUGCGAAUGCUGGAGGGGCCGAAAGAAGAGCAGGGCGUUAUAGAAUGGCACCCCUCCAAGGCCUUACUGGCGGCAUGUGGGCUGGAAACAGGGCGCAUCAACAUCUGGAGUGUGACGAGCCCGCAGCGCUGGUCUGCCCUGGCGCCAGACUUUGUAGAGGUGGAGGAGAAUGUCGAGUACAUGGAGAGGGAGGACGAGUUCGACAUUCACCCGCAGGAAGAGAUCAAGAAGCGCAAGUUGGAUCAAGAGGACGAGGAGGUCGACGUCACAACCAUUGGGCUGGCAGGCGUCGGAGAGCAUCCAAGCGGGUUUGAGAUGCCGAUUCUUUUCAACCUAGGAGACUCGGAUAGCGAGGAAGAGUUUGUUGCUGUUUCGACAGGGACGGUGAGGCGAAGAAGCCCCGGAGAUGGAGCAGACGCCGACGGUGAGGCCACUGGAGCGGAGGAAAAAUCGGGCAGGAAGACGGGAAACAGAGGACGGACCAGGAAGAGAUGA